UAGAAACGAAAGUAAAAGGAGAGACGCCAUUUCAAGGCUUUGAAUCUGUCAAGAGUGGAUAACUAGACGUAUUUUAUGAGUAAGAGAACACUAAAAUGAAUGUCCAUGAUGAGAGAGGAGAUAAGGACUCUGAAAUUAGUUCUCCAUCUCCUGGAUUAAACUGUGUGUCUAAAAAGAAUGAUCAGUCCAUGAUCAAGCAACCCUCUGAAUGCAGUGAUGGAGCAGUGACCUCUGACUCCAGCAGGAAGAGAUGGAGGUCAGAGUUUUCAGAACCAAGCUGUGUGUCUCUGAAGAGUAACACAUCCAUGAUGGACCCUCCUAUCUUUUGUGACGGACCAGUGACUCCUGAUUCUCUUUUCAGCAAGGGAAAGACACGUGAGACGAUCAGAUCGGUGCCACCUUCUACAUUGCACAAUCAGACUUGCAUCAGGCAGAACAAAACUGAAUCAGUUUUUCAGAAACACACACUGGACACUAGAGACAUGCAGAGAGUCAAAGAGCAGCACAAAACCAGCAUGAAGAAUAAGUAUGAGAGAUUAUUUGAAGUAAUCAAACUCCAAGAGAAUGAAAGCCUCCUGAACAGGAUCUACACACAUCUCUACAUCAUAGUGGGAGAGAGAGAAGGAGUGAAUGAAGAACAUGAGGUUUUACAGAUGGAGAAAACAGCCAGAACACAACACUCACAAGACACUCCAAUCUACUGCAAUGACAUCUUUAAAGCCUCCGCUGAAGCAGGAUCAGAGGAGAAAGAGCAGAUCAAGACUGUUCUUACUAAAGGCAUCGCUGGAAUCGGAAAAACCGUCUCUGUGCAGAAGUUCAUUCUGGACUGGGCCGAGGGAAAAGCCAAUCAGGAUGUAGAUUUCAUGUUUGUGCUUCCAUUUCGAGAGCUGAACUUGAUCCGAGAUCAUCAGUACAGUCUUCAUAGACUUCUGCUGGACUUUCAUCCUGAACUUCAAGAUCUGGACUCACAGAUUUAUGAGGAGUGUAAAGUUGUGUUCAUCUUUGAUGGUCUGGAUGAAAGCAGAAUCACACUGAUGUUUUCAGACUCUCAGAAAAUUUGUGAUGUAACUAAGACUUCGUCAGUGGCUGUGUUGAUGUCAAACCUCAUGAAGGGAGAGCUGCUUCCUUCUGCUUUCAUCUGGAUCACCUCCAGACCAGCAGCAGCCAAUCAGAUCCCCUCCAAAUACAUCCACCGUCUGACAGAAAUUCAGGGAUUCACUGAACCUCAGAAGGAGGAAUAUUUCAGGAAGAGAAUCAGUGAUGAGCAUCAAGCCAGCAAAAUCAUCUCACACAUCAGAAGAGCAAGAAGCCUCCACAUCAUGUGCCACAUCCCCGUCUUCUGCUGGAUCUCAUCCACUGUGCUUCAGAAGCUCCUGGAAGAAGAUCUGAGAGCAGAAAUCCCUCAAACUCUGACUGAAAUGUACAUCCACUUCCUGCUGAUUCAGAUCAACAUGAGGAAGCAGAAGUAUGAAGAGAGAGAUCCAGAGAAACUCCUGCCGUCCAACAGAGAAGUGAUUGUGAAACUUGCUGAAGUGGCUUUCAAACAGCUGAUGAAGGGCAAUGUGAUGUUCUAUGAGGAGGACCUGAUUGAGAGCGGCAUAGACGUCACUGACGCCUCAGUGUAUUCUGGGAUUUGCACAGAGAUCUUUAAGCAGGAAUCUGUGAUUCAUCAGAGGAAAGUCUACAGCUUCAUUCAUCUGAGCGUUCAGGAGUUUCUAGCUGCUUUCUAUUUGUUUUUCAUUUAUGUAAUGAAAAAUGUUGACACACCACAGUUUUUGGAUGUUGUUCAUAGUCUCCAUAAAGAAGCAAUAGAUAAAGCCCUUGAGAGUGAGAGUGGACAUUUGGAUCUGUUCCUGAGGUUCCUGCUGGGUGUCUCACUGGAGUCCAAUCAGAGACUCUUACAGGAUCUACUGACACACACAGAGAACAGCUCAGAGACCAUCAAAAGAACCACACAGUACAUUAAAGAGAAGAUCAAAGAUGGACAUGGACUCUCCACUGAAAGAUCCAUCAAUCUGUUCCUUUGUCUGCUGGAAGUGAAAGAUCAGACUCUGUCCAGAGAGAUUCAGGAGUUUGUGAAAUCAGACAAACACUCAGAGGAGGAACUCACUCCUGCUCACUGCUCAACAAUAGCCUACAUAGUUCAGAUGUCAGAGGAGGUGAUGGAUGAACUGAACCUCAAGAAAUACAACACAUCAAAUGAGGGGAGAAGAAGACUGAUACCAGCUGUGAUCAACUGCAGAAAAGCUCUGUUUGCUGACUGUAACCUCACUGCUCAGCAAUGUGGAAUUGUAUCUUCAGCUUUUCAGUCACCAAACUCUGUCCUAAGAGAGCUGGACCUGAGUAACAAUGACCUGCAGGAUUCUGUAGUGAAGCUGCUCUCUGAUGGACUGAAGAGUUUAAACUGUCAGCUGGAGAUAUUGAGGUUGUCAGGUUGUAUGGUGACAGAGAAAGGCUGUGGUUAUGUAUCUUCAGCUCUUACAUCAAACCCCUCACACCUGAGAGAGCUGGAUCUGAGCUAUAAUCACCCGGGAGAUACAGGAGUCAAGCUUCUAUCUGAAAAACUGGAGGAUCCAAAUUGCUCAUUGCAGAUACUCAACUUGGACCAUGGAGAAGCAUUUAGGAUAACAAAAGGAUUAAAAAAAUAUGCAUGCAAUCUCACACUGGAUCCAAACACAGCAAACAUUCGUCUCUUUCUGUCUGAAAAUGACAGGAAGUUGACGUAUGUGGAACAGCCACAGCAGUAUUCAGAGCAUCCUGAGAGAUUUAAACACUAUGAGCAGGUUCUGUCUAAGGAAAGUUUCUCUGGACGCUGUUACUGGGAGGCUGAAUGGACUGGCUGGAGUUACAUAGGAAUGACAUACAAAGGAAUCAACAGGGAAGGAAGAAAUCAGAGUAGAUUUGGGUAUAAUGAAAUGUCAUGGUGUGUUUUCUGUAUUGCCAACAGAUACAGUGCUUGGCACAAUAAUAAAAACAAAGACAUACCUCUCCCUUCAUGCAGUUCUAAGAGAGUAGGAGUGUAUCUGGACUGGUCUGCCGGCACUCUGUCCUUCUACAGCAUCUCUGACACACACACACUAACACACUUAUACACAUUCAACACCACAUUCACUGAACCCCUCUAUGCUGGAAUUAGAGUUUAUGAAGCCUCUGUGUCCCUGUGUCAGUUUUGAUAGCCAUGUAAGAAAAGAAAAUAACUGCCCAACAAUUUUUCAGAACAGAAGAGGAAUUAACUAAAUUAGAGUUUGUGUAAAAUUUAAAGAAUUGUUUCUAAACACAUUAUAAAUGUUAGAAAUGUUAUUGCUGAAACACAUUACAAAGACCUAACCCACUGCGCAUUGACGUCGGAGUAUGUAUUUUUCGGAUGUCCAAAUUCGGUCCAUUGAAGGGGUUGUUUUGUAACACCAGGCGACAUCUUUUUUCGACGCUUUCUGCACGUCUAAUGUUGACCUCUGUGCAAGGGCUAUUUAUAGACCAAAUGUGGAUGUUUUGUAGAUGUCUUUUCAACAUCAAAUUACUUAUUUUGGGCGUCAUUUUUAUAACCUCUAUAACUGUGGUCCCAUGUUUCCAGAGGAUAGAGGACAUGUUUUCUGUGCCAGUUAAUUUUCCUGUAGCUUUGUUUGGCUAAACUUAUAUUUUCAACAGGAAAUGCAUUACACCUUCGUAUGCACGUCCAGUUAUCACUUGCUGUUGAGACAAUCAGUUUUUGCUAAAUGAUCUGGAACAGUAUGCCACCUUCUGAAAUGGGAUUAGAUUUCACCUGCUGCUGAGACAAUCAAAUGUAGUUUUUGCAAAAGAUUAGCUGUUGAGCCAAACAAAGCUACAGGAGAAUUAACUGGAACAGAAAACAUGUCCUCCACCCUCGGGAAAUAUGGGACUACAUUCAACAAUACAGUUACACAAAUACAAUUCCCCUUUAUGUAGAGGAGUUUUUGAUUUUCUAUGAAACCUCAGCAUUUGGUUUUGUGACUAGGGCUUUAGGUCCUCAAAGGCUCUCCAGAUGUUUGUUGUUCAUCGUUCCUUGUCUAUCCCUAGACUAAAACGGUUUUCUGUUGAGAUUCACUGGCACACAUUACUUGACUUAGUCUUUUUUCUAACAUUAGUAUCAAAAGGGGGCUGGCACAAAUAAACAUCUGAUACUUAUCUACCUACAUCAUGAGUCUGUGGUCUUCCAUACUGUUGUCUUUCCAGAUGCAUUUUUUUUACUUGAGAAUGGCUAACAGCAAGAAUAGCCUACAUUUCCAAAAACCUGCAAUACACCGAAUUUCUGCUUCAUAGAAAAAUGCGUAUAUCUGCUCAGAACCUGAUGUGGCAUUAAGCACUUUUCUAUGCCAAUGACCAUUUUAAUAAAUUUUAACAUUGUGCAUAUGCUUAAAUCCUAAAUAUGUUAAUGUUUUAUUUUAAUUCACAAAUAUUUAAUAUAUAAAACAAUAAACGGUAUUUACCUGAUAAUACAAUUACAUUUUGCAUGUCAAAUUUAAUUUCCAAUGUUCACCUUGUAAAAAAUUGAAUUAAAAAAAGUGAUGUUGCCAAGAAUCUGUGAAUGUCUUGAUCUAAGAAAGUGCUUAUGAUUUGUAGAGAUUAAAAAACUGUGUGGAUUUUUAUCAUUGUAGAGGAAUUCUGUAUACACACUGCCAACACGCAUUUUAGUUCAAACACCAUGUAAAAGUAAAUUUUGCAUCUGAUGUCCCCUUUAAAUGAAAUGCUGAAAAUGAAACAUUACCUUUCAUACAGUUUAACUAGAUCAUACAGGACUAACCAGCUUGGGCAGUAUGUUUUUCAUAACAAGCCAGUGAAGAAUCACAUCACACUUGAAUAAGUCUAUGUAGGUUCUCUUGUUCAUAUUUGCUCUACAUGGAUUAUUACAACAGUUUUUGCUAGGAUAUAAAAGACUAUGGUAAGAUCAAGGCUAAAUCCAGCUAAUUAUUUGCCAAUUAUAUCUAUUUUAAUGCACUUAGUCAUUCAUGUCACAGCAUUAAGUGCUGUUACAAAUCUGAUCUAAUGAAAUCAUAUUUUUAAUUGUAACUAACUGCACUUUACCAUUGUAUCUUUAUUUAAUGAACCAUACACAAUGAGCUGUCCAUUGCAUCAUCCUUAAUAGACAUUUGUUUGUUUGUGCAGCGUGUUGUAACAAUGUUUCUUACAUUUACUGUAUGCUACAAUUAAAGCAUACUUACCUGUGAAUUUGACUGAAUUGACCAUAAUGUUUUAUUUUCAGAUGUCAUGAGAAUACGCUUGUUAUUUUUAAUGUGACAUGGCAUCACAUAGGCUAAUCUAUGGCCAGGGCUAUUUUCAGUGGCUUCUUUCUUCUUUUUGUCACUGCAUUCUUUUCAUUCUGAUUUAAUUUUUCUUUGUAUUCUGCUGUAACAGUAUGAAAGAAAAAACAGCAUAUAGGGCACAUUUGUGAUCUCUCCAGAUUUAAUAACAAUAUAUCCCACUCAUGAAUUCAUAGGAAUAUAUGAAGAAUCUUUAGUUUUUCUCCCCCUUUUAACCGUUUAAUCUCUAUAAAAAAAAUUAUCUCCAUUAGCAGUGUCUACUGGAAUGUUUCUGUCACGAUCGUCAGCUGAAGUGCCCAUGAACUCCAGUAGAGGGCACUCCACUCUGGAAUAGGGUUGGGUAUAGACUGUUUUUUUUUUUACCAGUGCCAUUUUGAUCCUGUUACGCUGUUUGUGGCCUGCCCCGACCUCUGCCUGGUAUCGUUUCUGAUUCUGUAUAUCCUGUUAUAUACUUGACGCUGUUAUCUGAUUUCUGCCUGUCUGACCAUUCUCUAAUAAACACUGCAAAUUAAUCC